GUUCUGUGUUGUUUAGGCGCCUGGCUUCUCGCUACGCUAUUAGCAUAGAUAUGUCGAUGAUCAAAACGUUUGAUUAACCAGAACAUAGUACUCACAAGUUUUUCCACACGUCAGAUGCCAAAUGUCAAUGCCAGUGAAUCUACUUCUCCACCUGAUGGUGGAAAUGUAGAGAAACCAUAUGAAACCACUCCACUAACUCACUCAGAUGCUGUCAGAGUGACACCAGUGGCUAAUUCAUCCAAUAACCAGACAAAUAGUCAAACUGAAUUUGCUUUUUUGCCUGAUGGAAGUCAUUUGAAGACUCAACAGGAUGUGAAUCCAGAUGGUGGAGAACUGGAUCCUUCAACGCAAAUACAAACAGACACUAAUGUGAAAGAAGUUACCAGCACAUGUUCCACAGAGAACACCAGCCAAACAGAGAGAGAGCGUGUCAUUAGAGAGUUGAGCAUCACUAGUACGUCCUUCAUUGGGCCUGCGUGCCGCCCAGAGCCAUCUAUCGAGCAGGAGCUUUCAGAAUUUUACAAAGAGCUUGAGGAAGUUGAUGCAGACACCAAAUCGGUUGACCAGCUUGACAAGCCCAAAAGCGACCAAUCAAAUGGUACAAACAUUCCUGUUGUCGUAACUGAUCACGGCAGAGCCUACAGACCUUAUCCGGAUCCACAUGAACGCAACCAAAAAGAUCCAAAGAGACGGAGACCUCGCUUACAAUGUAAUACGAAUGACUUUGGUAGAGGAGGAUAUCCAGAGCCGUGGUAUCCUCCUCCACCUUGGGUUCCUCCAGACCCAAGGGUGCAGUUCUUCCCUCCCCCAACCUCUGGAGGUGUUAUCAUGUAUCCUCCAGACAGGAGACCUCAAGAGAACGUCUUCCAUAGUCUCCAUGUCAACAACAACAGCUGGGGCCCAUGGGAACGACCACCGGUACCUUCAAACAGGUGGCAUGAACAAAACAGGGGAUUCCAGUCACAUGAGCAUCCUGGGUUCUCUGAGGAAUAUCAAUCACAUCUUCAUCACACUGGGAGCAGCUAUCAUGAAAAUGACCAAUAUCAGCAUUAUAAUAAUAAUGCUUUGGUGCUCAUAUUGUUGAGGGGAGUCCCAGGAUCUGGAAAAUCUACUUUGGGCAGAGAGCUCCUGUCCACUGGUCCCAGUGGAGUAAUACUGAGCACAGAUGACUACUUUUUCCAAGACAACAGAUAUGAAUUUGAUUCCGCUCUGCUUGGGGACGCACACGACUGGAAUCAAAAGAGAGCUGAACAGGCGAUGUUGGAGGGCCGCUCGCCUAUUAUCAUCGACAACACUAAUGUUAAAGCCUGGGAGAUGAAGCCUUAUGUUGAAAUGGCUUUAGACAACGGAUACAGAGUCGACUUUCUCGAGCCAGAUACCCGCUGGAAAUAUGAUCCUGCCCAGUUAGAAAAGAGGAACAAGCACGGAGUCCCUCGAGAAACAAUAGCAAAGAUGCUGGAUGGCUUCGAGCGGCCGAUGAAUGUUGACAUUGUGAUGAAUUCUGUGGUGCCUCCCCAUAAAAAGAAAGGCCAUUAACAAAGAACAGAUGACAUUUAGAUAUUCUUGAAAUAGAAAUAUUGUCAUGUUAUUAUUUUGAAUAAUAGUAGGUUUAUAUACAUAAAUAUUUUAAUUAUUUUAAUACAUACUAAUGCGGCUAAAGGUGUUUUUAAUGACUGUACAGUGAUUUUAAUGUUUUAUUUAUUUGAAAUGCUAAAAACAUUUCACAAAAGAAAAAGAAUGUUUAAAUAGUUUCAUUUUCUUUUGUAUUUUCUGUAAUUAUACUGUGCACAUAUGAAAAUGUUCUUUGUUGUUCUAUAGUUUAGUCCAUUGUAAUAUAAAAAUGUAAAUCAAUAAUCACCACAUUGAUAAGUGUGGAACAUUUGUAAGACCAUUGGAGUCUGAAAAAUCAUUUGACUUUUAGACAGUCUGACACAUAAAAUUAAUACUGAGCUUCCAAAUGGAAGACUAAAAUAAUAUCUGUAGUGACAUGCUGAAUUAGAAGCAUUUUUUUAAGCAUUCUGUCUUUUUUUCAUUCUUGUUCUUGUUGUUUUUCCAAAAAACUGGCAGCUCAAUCUAUUAGACACUGAUCUAAUCUCAGGGUUUAACAUUUUAUGAAUAUGCUGGUGCUGUAUAUUGUUGAUGGCUCAUGAACUAAACAAGACACUGUUUUCUGAAGUGUUGAUUAUUUUUGUAAAUAAAUGUUGAUUUGUUUUG